AUCGAAAGCAUGAAUGGCACAAACGGACUUUUCAACCGUGAGAGGAGGCCGGAAGUCGUCCGCGCGGCAAAGAGUUCUUCGUUUCUCCUUCCGACUCUCCUUGGCUUAUGCCGUUCUCGGUCCAGCUAGAAGACAAACCACCUGGCGUCCUUCGGGGGAUCUGUCUUCGGGCCUCCGCCGGUGCAACGCCCACCUUUGUUCCUCGCCCUUCGCCUUCUUCGACUCGCUGAGUUUCUCUGCCAGGCCCUGCGUGGUAUUCUGUCCGCUUUCCCGUUUUUCGUGCGAACCUGCGAAAAAACUCGGAAGGCAACCUUACCGGUUUCGUGUGGCGCAGCCAGCCACGAGUUUUCAUCGAAAAGUUGCCCAGUUUUGGUCUCGACGUCGUCACCCGCCUCGCUAAUUUUUCAGGUCGAGAAACGCGGCUAUUUCGUUCCAGUACGGCAGGGGCCCUCUUCCGAAUUUUCUCAGCAGUUCCUGGUUCCGGCAAAGGAUCGACGUUUUUAGUGUCCCGUUCAAAAGACCUGGCUUCUAAGCGCCGGAACGUGUCCCGUGAGUAACCAGUUACUUGUCAACCCGCUGUGACUGGAUCUCCCCCGACUCUGUUACAGAAUCUUUUCCCGCAGAUGUCCCUCUUCAUCUUCCACAUGUGCAUGUGUUCAUAUAGACCCCAUUGCGUAGUUCCGCCCGUGAACAUGCACAUCUAACAAUGUGUAGAGGUCCGCAUCUCUGCUGGUAAGUGUACGAACGGUCUCGCAGGAUUGUAGAAUUCCUUUUUCUUGCGACCAUGGACGCUCCCGAGCUCUCUCGAGACCUCUCGUUUUCGUUCCAUCCCCGUCACCCGCGACGCCUUUUCCCCGAUGGGCGAGCCCCGCAGUCGGGAGGCGCAGGCUCUUACCUGAUUUUUCAAGACAGGGGAGACGGCAAGAGUGAAUUUCACAGCUUUCCCCUGGCGACAAGAGAGUCUAGCGAUCAACAGAACCUCGACGAGACUGUCCCUCCCAUCCGCAAUCUUCCAAAUGAGAGGCGCCAGCGGGAAGGCGCCUCUUAUCGCCUCCAGCAGAUCCCUAAGAGGGAAGAAGACUUGGAGGUUGAGUGCAUGUGCCAGAGUGCAGGAAGGACGACGCACGAGGGAAGGCACAAUGCCCAGCGUUGCGGAGAAUCUCUCAGGGAUAAAGACAGCUUGGCAAACGCUCAGGAUGCCCUCGCUUUUGCCCAAACUCUCGCAGAGAUGCUCCUGAAGCAGCUUGCCGGAAGCAGAGAGACUGGGCGGCAGACAGCAGAGGGAAAAAAACGUUCAAGACAAAAGCUGACGUCUGACGGAGAGGACGGAAGCGCAGCUGCAGAGAAAGCCGAAGGGAAUGCCUCACACCCGUCAGAGGUGGAAAGGGGAAAUGCCGGAACCGCGUGGAAGGAGCAAGAGAAGAGAAACGAAGAAGAUAGGCUUGCAGAGGAGCACAGUGCCCCCGGCGUCAAAAGUCUUGAGUGUCGAUGUAGCCGAGAGUGGGAGACAGCUGGGAAGAUCGGGCACCUGAGAAUUUGCUGCAGUCGGUUUCCCUACAUUUCCGUUCCGCAAGUGGACCAACUCACCAUCGCCAGUCUCUUUCGCCUCCAAAUGUUCCCCUAUCAACUCGCAGGUCUACAUUGGAUGUCGCUUCUCUGCGGCUCCGUCAACAUGGCUCUCUCUGGCACUCUCGGCGGGUUCAUCCUCGCAGAUGAAGCAGGAAUGGGUUCGUCUGUGCAGGCAGCGAUGCUUUUGUCGCUCGCCUUUCAGAUGGGAGUUUUUCGGCGACCUGCGUUGUUGGUCGUUUCUUCGAGCAGAAACGUGCUCAGGUCGCCACAAGAGAGUUCCGUAGAGGGUCCUUUUCCGUUUGCUUCUCGCCACUCUUCGGCCUCUUCGGCAUCCUCGCUUCUCGCGCUUCCUCCCCGCAUGCGACGGUGGAUGCGCAUCUGCCGCAAGUGGGCGCCUUCUCUCCGUCUGCGACUUCUCUUGAGACACGCCUUGGGUGCCUCAUCUCUCUGCAGGAGUGCCUCUGGAGAAGAGGUGAACCAGGAAGCUCGAGAAAGUCCAGACGUCCUUUCAGCCAACUGCGCCCACAACGCCGACGCCAAAGGAAGCAGAGCGAAUGGCGGAAUGAGGCGUGGAAACGAUGGUCUCGGAGACCCGGGAGAAGGCGGGGGGGACGAACAGGAUAACUGCGGGGCGAACAAGGAGGAGACAGGAGAAGAAGCGAGACCAGGCUCUGGCGCUUUCGGGGAGACCGCUCUUUCAGGCGGGGAAGGUGGGAGGAAAAAUUCGAUUGGGGCGCCCCAGGUUUUGGUGGCAACGUAUGAGGAACUCCUGCAGUACCCCAUGCUUCUCGAAAACGCAGUUCAAACCUUUGGAGGCAUCGACUUUUGUAUUUUCGACACUCGCGAUAUGAAUUACUUUUCUCGCGAUUCUUCCACGUCUUCGGGAGUACCUGAGCGCGACUCCAGCGAACGACAGGCAGCCCCCGGGUUUUUCGGUCAGGCUCUCGCCUUCCAGAAGAAAAGUGAAGAUCCUCAGUCUGCAUGCGAGAGGAAGAGAGGCGAAGACUUCAAGACUGCACGCGAUGAGCUUAGACUUCUGUCGUGUUCGCGCGCAUGUGUGGCUCGCGAUUCGUCGCUCUGUCGGCAGGACAGCCCUCUGUAUGCUGUGGCUGCUCUUGUCGAUCGUCUCUGCGAAGGCGCGUCUUGUCACAGCAGAUGCAGAUGUGAAGGGGACAGAGCAAAAGAAAAAGCGACAAAAGAGAGAGAACGCGAGACAAAAUGCGGGGGAACUGUAGCAAACGCGAGAGACGACGCAUGUGUCAAGACGCCGGAGCCUCACAGAGAAGAACAGAGGACUGACGAAGAGACAGUUGAAGUCGCGAGAGAGGAAAGGAACGACGCAGCACGAUCAAACAGGCCGCAGAAACUUGUAAUUACCAACACAGACCCAUCUGCGUGUGGAGCGUCUCUUCGUCUCCUUCUUACUCUGUUGCUUCCCGCCUUCUUUCCCUCCACAGAGGAGGUGGAUGCCGCGAUAGCAGCACACGCAGUGGGGCGCCUUCCUUCGCGGAAGAGGCUGCGACUCUCGGACGUUUUCUCUUUCGCGCGGGAAUGCGCGUUUCCCCUCGUGCUGCGGCGGCGGCGAUCUACGUGCAUGCUGCCGCUGCUGCCUCCCGUCGACGGCGAAGUGUCUCUCUUGGCUUUCGCGAGCGAAGCGCAGAGAGGCGUCUAUGCCCGCGCCCACCAAAGCGCCGCCAGAGCUCUUUGUGACGCUGUUCUUGCGUGCGACUUGCGAGAACCGGAGGAACCGGAAGUAAAGAGCGAAGUCCCUUUCUCUCCGCAAGAGAAAAAACAGACGCUUCGGUACGCAGAGACACGAAGACACGCGGACGACGUGGAGCCCGAAAAGGCAGCGGAGAAGCAAGACAAACGCGCCCAGGUCUGCGCGAGGGAAAACGUCUCGAAAGUCGCGCAGGACAUGGUGCGCCAUCUCCUCCUGGUGUCUAUACACCCCAUGCUGGUUCCCUGCGGCGGGUUUCCCUCUGAAGACGUGGGCGCUGAACCAGAGGACGAAAUGCAUGCAUCCGAAGAAGAUGAGCUACGAGCACAAAAAGAGAAACUCCUGCGCGAGCGCGUCGCGGUCGCCUUGUCGGAGACUCUGAAGCUCGCGGCGCGUGUCUCUCCCUUGGUCUCCGGUUUCCCUCUCGCAACAACAACUCCUGCGUCUCCUCCCAACGACGCCUGCCAAGCCUGCACUGCCCACAGCUUUUCCGCGGCUGCAAGCGCAUGCACUGCAUGCGGUGGCGAGCCUCAAGGCCGCAGUUCCUUCGAGAGAAUCCUUGAGAUAUACUGCAGCCCCUGGGAGCUGCGCCGGCUCGGAGGCGCUCUCGGCGUCUGCGAGUGGAAACUGACAGAGCAGGAAGCCUGUGAAGGCGUGAAGAUCAGGUGGCUUCGAACGUUUCUGUCGUCUCUCUACAGUUCGCCCUCUGUCUCCGGACGCGGGAGCCCUUUUGAGGCUCUCGGCCUCGGGGGUGGGAGGCACCUCGGUGCUGCGGACGAAGAGGAAAGCGCGAAGACAGCCAGUGAAACACCGGCAGUUGCAGGAGAUAGAGAGAUCGAAGAAAGGCGAAGCGAUAUCUCAAACUGCACGCAAGCUCCAGAGGGAGACAGAGCGCCAGAGAAGGCGGGACUCGCGACCGCAGGUGAUCACGGAGAGAAGGGUCCGGAGGUCGUUGCGGCGAAUGAGAGAGGAACAGUUGGUGAAGAAGCCAGUCGCACCACACUGAAGAAGGUGGUGAUUCUCAACCCGCUCGCGUGUACGUACAGCCCGCGGGUUGGUAGCGAAGUGGGAAGGUCGAGCGCAGGUACGAGGCCAGGAGACGCCCGUUUCGAGUCUGAGUGCCAGGAGGGGAGAGGGACAGAGACAGGAGAAGAAGUCUUUCUGUCGAGCUUGCGAGGUAACUUCUCUUUAGCGUCUUUUCUCCAGGCCACUCUCGGGAAGAUGAUUUUCGUUAUUCCCAACGGAAGCUCGAGAGACCAAGCUGCCCAGGUCCUGCAAGACUUCCUCAAAGAAGAUCCCGCCGAUGUGCCGGCGUUGCUGGUCGAGGACCUAGCUAUUCUGUUCGAGUUGAGACCCCACACGCUGGCACAUGUCUCGGAUCUGGUUUGGCUCGCGGCUCCAGCGGCUCCGUUGCCUUUUCGAGAGACAAGACAGCUGAAGCUCGCUUCAAGCGGCUCGCGGGUCUCCUCUUCUGAGGCGCACAGAGACGGUGUUCAAGGCCCUCUCCGCUGUGACAAGCAGAACCAGCGAGACGAAGACGGCGAGCAAGACAGAAAAGAGAGGCCGCGCGUGUCUCCGGGAGAAGCGCGAAGCGCGGUGGAGACAGGGGCGAAGUUGAGCCGAAACGGGAAAGAGUCGCGCGGCUGCGAAAAGCGAGAAAAGGGAGAGAUUGUUCGGUGUGUCCGGAGAGACGGGCACACCUACGAAGAGGAGAUGAUCGAGGACGGAUGCUAUAUUAUUCGAGAAGAUAUGCGACAGGUGGAGAACUGCUUCCGGUGUGUUGGUCACGACUCGAAGCGAUUGUCUGUCCACUACCUUUGUUGCGAAGGAAGCAUAGAUGAGGUCUGUUUCCGGUCGGCGUGCGCUGCAAAGGAACUGCUGCGCCUAACGUAAUGUCUAUAGUUGGCGUAAACGAAAAACAGAGAAACGGUGUUCGCUUUUCAAGCCAUGAGCAAGGAAAAAAUGAACGUAUUUUCGACUGACAGGUGUGCUCGAAUAAUAUUCGUCGAUGUGAUAUUUCCGCAGAAGUGGAAAGUUACUCCUCACGGUCGCUCCGCUCUGCUCUAAACACGACGCGCUGCAUGAACUGUCCACUGAGAGUGACUGACUGUGAGACCAUUGCAGUGGCUACUUGUUAAACCAGUUUUUGGUCGGG